AAACAAACACCGACUCACGACAAACGUUUCAAUAUAUAUAUAUAUAUAUAUAUAAAUCUCUCCCGAUUAAAUUCUUAAAUUUUGAAAUUGUCUUACUUGAUUUAUUUAUCUGUUCACUUUACUUGACAAUUUGGUGAGCAGUUGAUUGUUUACAAGUUUAGAGAUGGAAUCCAGCAACGGCCAUGAAGCAAAUGGUGCGACAAAGCAUGAUCACGAGAAUGGAGAGGAGAGCAAAAGCAAUGAGAUAGAGCAACAAAAAGUCCAUAUUAUGAGAGUCCAUGUCGAACGAGAAGACCCCUCUGCAAAGGAAGUAGAUGAUUUGAUGAUUCGCAGAUUUCUGCGUGCUCGUGAACACGACAUUGAGAAAGCUUCUAACUUACUCCUCAAGUAUUUAAGCUGGAGGCGAUCAUUUAUCCCUAAUGGCUCCGUAUAUCCAUCAGAAAUUCCAAAGGAACUUGCCCAAAACAAGUUGUUUAUGCAAGGUGUUGACAAGAAGAAUCAUCCCAUUGUGGUUGUUUUUGGUGCCAAACAUAAGCCUUACAAAGGAAAUUUGGAGGAGUUCAAGCGUUUUGUAGCCUUUACUCUUGACAGGAUAUGUGCCAGAAUGCCAGAUGGACAGGAAAAGUUUGUGGCCAUCGCAGAUAUUGAAGGAUGGGGAUACACAAACAGUGAUAUUCGUGGAUAUCUAGCAGCUCUAUCUAUACUGCAGGACUAUUACCCAGAGAGGUUAGCCAAAUUGUUUAUAGUCCAUGUGCCUUACAUAUUCAUGACAGCCUGGAAGGUUAUUUACCCUUUCAUUGAUAGCAAAACAAAAAAGAAGAUAAUUUUUGUUGAGAACAAAAAGUUGAGUUCCACUCUGCUUGUCGACAUUGAUGAGAGCCAGCUCCCUGAUGUAUAUGGUGGCAGACUACCAUUAGUUCCUAUCCAGGACAGCUGACUAAAUUAAACUUGCGGUUUAUGCACAUGAGCCAGGCACUAUAGCAAUGAUAGUUCAUACCUGCAUUUUCGUCUUCCACUAGCUCGGUCAAGGGGUUCUAGUCUUUUAACAUCCAAACGAGGACGAUACUAAAUCAUAUAUGUAUUAACUGUUUUGGAUACCUUAUAUAGUUCAAGUAAAAGAAAUAUCUGGCUCAUCAUCAUAGUGGCCUCUGGUAACGAUGCUUUAAUGUGUUUUCUAGCUCAAUGUCGUAUGGAAAUAGUAUUCCUGGUUUUGAUGUUAAA